CUGGGCCGUAGGAAAUGAGCGAUACCGAUGACAUCAAGGUGGAGAGUGACGAAGAGCAACCGAGGUUUCAAUCUGCGGCUGACAAACUGGCUCAUCAUAAUGCACUGGAACGAAAGCGUAGGGACCACAUCAAAGACAGCUUUCACAGUUUGUGGGACUUGGUCCCAGCACUCCAAGGAGAGAAGGCAUCCCGCGCCCAAAUUUUAGACAAAAUCACAGAGUAUAUCCAGUAUAUGCAAAGGAAAAACCACACAUACCAGCAAGAUAUUGAUGACCUCAAGCGGCAGAAUGCUCUUCUGGAGCAGCAAGUCCGUGCACUAGAGAAAGCGAGGUCGAGUGCCCAACUGCAGACCAACUACCCCUCCUCAGUCAGCAACAGCCUCUCCAACGCCAAAGGCAGCGCCAUCUCUGCCUUCUAUAGGGCCUCGGACUCCAGCUCAGAGUCAGAGCCUGAAGAGCCCCAAAGCAGGAAGAAACUCCGGUUGGAGGCCAGCUAA